AUGUCACUGAUCCAGGAGCUCCUCAUGGACCAGGAGCCCUCCAAGUUCCUCUGCCUGUAUGGGGCGUCCUCGACCUCCUGGCCCAAGAACGGGUCGGGUAGGUGGUACCAGCUCGGGUUUGGGAAGACGUCCCCAGUCUUCGGCAUUUUCUCUGAAAGCGUGGGGAACGUAGCCGGCUGGCGGGCAGUGGGCGCCGCCUUCCCCUUCUCCAGAGCGCGCUUUGGGGUCUUUCCUGACCCAACCACCGGGCAGCCAUACAGUAUCGGGGCGGAGUCUGAUCUCGGUGAGAGGGUCAGGAACCGGGGUCCGGGGCCUAGGGGAACUUGGGUCGCGGCCCUCUGCAGACGAGAGCGGGGGCGGGCUCAGGGCCAGUUAGGGUUCCUGAAUGAAAGAGGCGGAGUCAGGGACCCCGGCUCACACGCCUCCUUCAGCUUGAGGCGGGGGGCCGAGCUGAAGGCGUGCGCGGGCUGGGGCGGGGGCAUACGUGCGCGGGGCGGGCCUGCGUGCGCGCCCCCACCAAUCACAGGCGCCACCGGCAGGGGCACGCGCGCCCGGGGGCCUAGAGGAGGGGGCGGACCCGGCGCCGCGCGAGGCCAAUCGAGACGUCGUGUCGACAUGACCCCGCGCCGCUCCGACCCCCGCCGCUCGUCCGGGCCGGCCGCGCCCCUGCUCCCGCCACUCCCUCACAGCCCGUCCGCGUGUGGCGCGGUCGCCGGGCACCGGGGCUGCGGCGGUCGGCGGCCGGGCGGCGGCGGCGGCGGCGGCGCUGACAGAAGGAAAUGGCAACCCACUGCAGUGUUCUUGCCUGGAGACUCCCAGGGACGGUGGAGCCUGGUGGGCUGCCGUCUAUGGGGUCGCACCGAGUUGGUCACGAUUGGAGCGACUUCGCAAAAGCAGCAGCAGCAUGGUGAUGCAGACAGCUGUGAGGUAAACAGAAUAGCCCAACCAGGAACACAAAGCAAAUGUGAUUCUCCGGCUAACAUUGAACUUCUCCCAGUGGAGCCACAAAGUAAACAGCUCAUGACUUCUGAUCAGGACGCUAAGGUCGUGGCUGAACCGCAGGGCCAACGAGUCCAAGAAGGGAAAGACAGUGCGCAUCUGAUGAAUGGUCCCAUAUCUCAGACAACUUCUCAGACAAGUUCCAUUCCAGCUUUGAGUCAGGUACCAACAGCCAAGGUUUCGGAGCUAAACCCUAAUGCAAAAGUAUGGGGCACUCCACUGUUACAGCUGGAACCGCGUGGAGCUGCAGAUGGCGGCGUGAGCACAGUCUGGGAGGCGCCGCCUGGCCGUGGCCACCUCGGAUUGGACACCAACGGUGAUGGUGACAAAAGUCAUGAGAAUGUCGCGCUGUCAGAUCUACAGGAGUCAGACCAGACAGCCAUGAGCACUUUGGGUCUGGACCACUCAGAGUAUGAGUCACCGCCUGAAAGUAGUGAGACAGGAGGGAAUGAAUCUCAACCAGAAAGCCAGGAAGAUCCCCGGGAAGUACUUAAAAAGACAUUGGAAUUCUGUUUGUCUAGGGAGAACCUUGCUAGUGACAUGUAUCUUAUAUCUCAGAUGGACAGUGACCAGUACGUGCCAAUCACCACAGUAGCUAACCUGGACCACAUCAAGAAGCUCAGCACCGACAUGGACCUGAUUGUUGAGGUGCUGAGAUCUUUACCUUUAGUCCAAGUGGAUGAGAAGGGAGAGAAAGUAAGGCCAAAUCAGAACCGUUGCAUAGUGAUACUACGUGAGAUACCCGAGUCCACCCCUGUAGAAGAAGUAGAAGCACUAUUUAAAGGAGAUAACUUACCGAGAUUUAUAAACUGUGAAUUUGCCUAUAAUGAUAAUUGGUUUAUUACAUUUGAAACAGAAGCUGAUGCACAACAGGCUUACAAAUAUCUGAGAGAAGAAGUCAAAACCUUUCAAGGAAAACCAAUUAAGGCACGGAUAAAGGCGAAGGCAAUAGCUAUAAACACGUUUUUGCCAAAGAAUGGCUUUAGGCCUCUGGACAUGAGCCUCUACACACAGCAGCGCUACACAGCGUCGUUUUACUUACCUCCAGUCUAUAGUCCCCAGCAGCAGUUCCCUCUGUACAGCCUGAUAGCCCCCCAGACGUGGUCAGCGACACACAGCUAUCUUGACCCGCCCUUGGUAACGCCAUUUCCAAAUACUGGAUUUAUAAAUGGGUUCACGUCUCCAACCUUCAAACCUGCUGCAUCUCCUCUGGCUUCACUCAGACAGUACCCUCCGAGGAGCAGGAAUCCUAGUAAGUCUCACCUGCGCCAUGCCAUCCCCAGUGCAGAGAGGGGGCCCGGACUGCUGGAAAGUCCUUCCAUAUUUAACUUCACCGCUGACCGCUUGAUGAACGGUGUGCGCAGCCCACAAGUGAGGCAGACGGCUCAGCCGCGAGCUCGGCUCCAGAACCCUCCGGCCUUUGCCAAAAGAGAUGUGGGGCCCGGGCGCGUGGAGCAGAGCAGCUUCGAGUCCUCCCCGGGCUUAGGUAGAGGGAGGAAGAGCUCCUUUGGUUAUCGGAAGAAGCGGGAGGAGAAGUUCACAAGGAGUCAGACUCAGUCUCCAACGCCACCCAGACCGCCGUCCCCCAGCUUCGAAUUAGGCUUGUCCAGCUUCCCCCCACUGCCUGGGGCAGCAGGGCAUUUGAAGACAGAGGACUUGUUUGAGAACAGGCUGUCUGGCUUGCUCGCAGGAACGUCCAAAGAAAGGAGCCUGAAUGCAGACGCCAGCACGAACACUCUUCCCGCGGUGCCCCCCCGAGAACCCUCAGCGCCCUGUGCCGUGUCCGCAGCCUGCGAGCGCACCCCCUCCCCUGCCCGCCCACCCGAGGAUGCCAAGGUGGUGGAGAAGCAGAGGGAAACCCCAACUAUGGACAGACCGCCUCCCACCCUGGCCCUGAACACCACUGCAAGUAAAUCGGUGCAGGUGAACGGUGCCGCCUCGGAAUUGCGAAAACCCAGCUAUGCAGAGAUUUGUCAGAGGACAAGUAGAGAGCCACCGUCUUCCCCGUUGCAACCCCAGAAAGAACAGAAGCCAAACACAGUCGGCUGUGGGAAGGAAGAGAGGAAGGUCACGGAGAGAGAGCCCCCCGCCCCCAAGUCCAGCCCAGGACCACCCAAAGACCAGAGGAGGCCACUGGGCCGCCGGCCGUCACCCCCGGGCUUGGGGCGGCGUCCGCACAGAGAACAGAGCCCCCCACCCAGGCCCCCUCAGUGA